UUAUCCAAGUGGUAAUCCGGCAGUUAUUAUAUCGUCUACGGAGAAAGGAAAAUAUUCCUAUAUUCUUCAGGAGGUAUGUCAUUAAUGAUGCACACUCUUCCCUUCCCUCCGCAAGGCAGAGCAAGGCGGUGAUAUCUGAGGAUUGCAAGGGGCAAUUGGUGCAAGACUGAAGGUUAUAUUUCUGCCAAGUAUUGCCUACGUCCGCCGUCUACAUACGUAAAAAUAUGGUAUCUUAUCAACAAGAUGUGUUCAUGCACAACAGGCUUGUAGCAAGCUUGUCUCACAACUUAACAAAUUGUUGAAUUGCAGGGGCCAGUUGUAUAAAACUCUUAAUCACUUUUUUAAUCACUAUUUUGUAGUUAAAUAGUGAUUAACUCUCAAAUAGGUGCUUCUUAUUGGAUGACGUUCGCACUUAACCAUAGUUAACUUUAAUCACUUUUUUAUACAACCGGCCCCAGGACGAUAACAAUUAACUUGUUGGAACAAUUGUAACCAGUAAACUGGAAUGAUAAAUCAGGGGGCACUAUAGACUUGCUCCAAGUCUCUCUUUCCAGAGUCUCUUUCAUUGUUAUAUCGAUCCACUAUAGUGUACAUUACAUGACGUAGCACGGAGAGGGGGAGCGAGAAAGAGAGACUUGUCAACUUCGGAAAAUCUCGGUUCAAAACUGAACCGAAAAUGCAAGACUUGCUUUAAUUCUUUCCUUCAAUUUCUUUCUGUAUUAUUUAAUAUAAUGGAACUCAUGUUAUUUAACUGUGCUAGAUCAAUACAUAUAAACACUGACAGAAAACAAUUAAAGCAAGUCUUGCAUUUUCGGUUCAGUUUUGAACCGAGAUUUUCCGAAGUUGACAAGUCUCUCUUUCUCGCUCUGCCCCUCCGUACUACGUCAUGUAAUGUACACUAUAGUGGAUCGAUACUAUAUGAAAGAGACUUGGAGCAAGUCUAUAGGGGCAUUAAAGCCGUGCUUUGUAGGUGGUGCCUCGUGAAGGCAACUGAAGUAACGAGAUGAUCAAUUAUAUUUGUCUUUUGAACUGACAUUUGAAUCUUCGAUAAUAUUGAAUUAAAUAGAGAUUAAAAGCUGAAACGUUGCUGGAGGGAAAUGUACCAUAAAUUAUUACUUUAUAAAUUAUACAGCAAAGGCCUAGCUUGUCUCAACUUGUGUAUAUUUUUUCAUUAGGAUACAUAUGAACACAGUCGUGAAAAUACUGGUGUAUUAGGGGUUUUUGAUCCGACUGGACAUGGUUCUUGUUACUAUCAACAAACUGGAAAGUUAAGGUAUUUAAGCAAACACGGUCCAGAACAUGUUACAGCAAGUCAGCCAAGUCAGGGAUAUAUAUUUCAUUUCCGAAUAAUAUUUCAUUUCUGUUCAUUCCAAUUUUUUAGAGCCCUUUGCAGGAGAAGUCCUUACGUCACGUCACUGUCAGACAAUGGGUAUCUGACCCACAUUGCAUUGCGUAUACCUAAUAUUUUGAUGGAUUGAAAAUUGCGUGACGUAAGCACUUCUAAGGGUUAUUCUAUGGAUUUACAAAGUAAUGAAAAGACAAUUGCUCUCGUUCUGCUCUCUGGAUUGUACUCUUGUUAAAUCCUCCAAAAUUGAAAAGAGCACUUCGGGGACAAUUUUAAGCCGCCGUUUUAUACGCGCCAAUAAUGAAUAAAAAUCAACCUCGCAUCCACAGGGGCUCAAUGCUGUCAGUAACAAGUGUAAAAUAAUCAAAAUAAUAAACUUACUUUAAAAGAUCUGCAUAAAUUAUUCGCAAGAAUGUCAAUGGAGAAAGAGCAAAAAAAAUUAUCUACAUGAAGUACAAAAGAAUCCUCAACAGGUAAGUAAUGCGGGCGCGUAUGGGGUAAUAACAUAAUUCAUGAUAUCUAUUAUUAAAGAUACUAUUACCUCAUACGCACGCGCAUUACUUUAAUACCUGGUGAGGAUUCUAAAGUACUUCAUAUAGAUAUUUUAUUUUUGCUCUUUCUCUAUUGACAUUCUUGCGAAGAAUUUACGCAAAUCUUUCAAAGUUUAUUAUUUUGAUUAUUUCACACUUGUUACUAACAGUAAUUGAGCCCCCUGUGUCGCAUCUGGCUUUUUAACUAUUACGCUCUCAUGCACCCGAACCCGUAGCGUGUUGGGUUUUUUUGAGGGCAGGGGGAGGCUGAGUUAAGGACCUGGCUCACGACGUUGCUCACAAAUCCGUUUAACUGCAUUGGCACUUUCACAAAAUUGGUAAUAUACGAAAUUUUAGGAUGGUUCUGACUCCAUUUGGAGGGACAUUCUUUGAUAUAAAAGGUGAAAAGAAAAAGAAGUGGUUCUGGUAUAAUAUAACUGGUAGUUAUGUUCAUGCACCGCCAUUUCAACCAAUCACGUUUGCCUGGACAAAAGAGUUAUCAUUACGAUGUAUGGGACAGGUACAGAAUGCGUAGAUAUAUGCUUGGUAGUUAUACAAAUUUUAAAACGUGGUUGUCCUUUGGGCAUUCAAUAUAAAAACGUUGGUUUUCCAAUGUUAAUUUUGAUAUGGGCGUCAUAUACCGUCAUCCUCCAUUAAGCCCCCGUCUCAAAUAAGCCACCCUCUCUAUUAAGCUCCCCCACCCUAAGAUUGGAUUUAUUGAGCCCGUUGACAUCGCAUAGCUAUAUAUACAUGUUCAGCAAAGCAUCUUUAUUUUAUAGGAUUAUAUUAUCAUAACAUAUAACCACGGUCGUCACACCAUUCGUUUUAAUGUUGGAGCUAGAUUAAAGGUAGGUCGAUGAGAGUCAAGGUCAUCUGGAUUAGUUUGGACAUCUCACUCUAUUGAACUAAUCGGUUGAAGGAUUUUGAAGAUAAAAAUUUCGAGUCUGUUGCUCCUGGUUAGAUCUUAGUCUCCUUCGCAGCCGCUCUUUUUAGAUCGAAGUACUAUUUAAAACACGAGCAGGAGUGCUUUAUCGGAUAUAAAACAACGAAAGCGCAGCUCGAGUAUUUUAUAUCUGAUAAAGAACGGACUGCGAAUGUUUUAAAUGGCUUAAAAACGACCCAUCUGAUGAGUUCAUUGGCGAAUUAAUUUCAAAACUAAACGUUGUCUAAGCCGAGAAAACAUGAUUUUUUAUAACAUAUAAGACCACUGACACGGCAGUGAUUUCUUUUAUAUUUUCCUCAUGAAUUAUUGACUUUUUAAAAUGAUUGUAUGAAAUUUACUUUUGAAAUUCCAUCUAUAAAACCCUUUGAAGAGAGUUUCAUAUACUGACAGCACAGGCAGGAGCGAAAAUCCAUUCCAGAAAAAUGGAGGAAGAGUCGGCCAACAGACGUAAUUUGUCACAGAUUUAUAUUACGAAUGUCCAAACAAUGCAUGACGUUAAUUAAACGUUUAAUUAUAUAUUUGCUCAGUUGUCCUUCUUAUGUUGAAUUACAGCCAGUGGUAAAGAAAGUGAAAUUGCCAACAGAUGAAGAAUAUUACGAAAUUCAACUGAAGGAGAUACGGAAGUUUGUCAAGUAAGGAAAUGUGUUUGUAAUUCUCUUUAGUUACAGUAGAUUUCAACUCACUUUUGCCUAAAAUAUUCCCAAUUCGUUCCUAACUUCAUGAAGUUCACAAGAAGUUCGCAAGCAUGCAGGUUUGUAAAUAAAGCCUCUGAUUGGUCCUUGAAGUAAAUCAAAAGCUUUGUUUCUAAACUGGUUUGUGAAUUUCGUUACGAAAUUUUGAACUUCGCACCAAACGUGGAAAGUGCAGAACAUUUUAGGCAAAAGUAAGUUGAAAUAGUCUCCUAUAGGCUAUACGCAACCUUUUUUAGGGUCGGCAAAUACCCUCCCUUUUUGCCGUGAGGAGGUUUUGCCGACCCUAGAAACAGCUGCGCAGGAGACUAACGUUCAAAUCGACUGUAUAAGUAUAGGUAAUCAUGCGAUGGCGAGUACAAUUAGGGAUUAAUAGUACGAGUGAUGUUUGGAUAUUAGCAUGACAAAAUUGGAUACUUCGUUAUGUCAACAUCAUAUUCUCUCGCCAAAGCUGCCAGACUUUCAACCAAAAUUUGGUGCUUUUGUUCGUAUUUUCAUUUAGUUCUUUUGUUAAAGCAAAAUUUGGUGCUUUUGUUCGUAUUUUCAUCUAGUUCCUCUAUGGCAAUUUCAUUUCACAUUUGUGUUUAAAAUACCUUUCUGCCAUUUUGUUUGUUUUGGGAAAAUCAUUAAUUGUACUGCAGUACAAUUAAUGAAAUAAUUGUGCUCCUCUCAACCAAUCAGCAUCCAGUAAUUUUAUCAUGCUAAUAAUAAAAACUGUAAUACAGUUAAUUAAAAGGAGAGUCUAUAAAUAUUAUUCCCUAGAAUGUUCAGCGUUAUUGUCCCUCGAAACAGUGAGAUAAUAUAGGGAUUGAAUGAAUGAAUGAAUGAAUGAAUGAAUGAAUGAAUGAAUGAAUGUGAAAUCUAAUGAUUCCUUUCCAAGAAAUUUGAAAAUAAUGAAAUACAAAAUAAUGAUUCCUAAAUUGUUUCAGUAUUAAUGCGUGUAUAUUUGUUACAAUUUAUUUACUGAUUGUUGAUUUACUUCAUUUGAGUUUGGUGAUUGAAAGAGUUCAGACAACACUGAGAUUUCCACAUUCACAUCGGAUCAACAAACUUCCAAUGCCUGAAAGAAGCAGUAAACCACCAUCGCGUAUCCAGAGUAGAGUAAUAGAUACUGCUGCAGAUGACAAGCCAACUGUCGUAGUCAAUUGAACUGUACAUAGUGGUAGAUUGUACAUAAUACAAAUUUGCUAUAUGUAGUGUAUAUGUUUGUAAAUACUCGAAUGUUUGGGACUGAUAUUGUUUAUAAAACAUCGCAC